GCACCGAAUAGCUACGAUACCCACAAUGCAUUGCGAAUCUAGGAACAUGGCUACCUCUUGUCUGUGAGUGUUAACCAAACGAGAAUGAAUGUGCUGUUUCCGUGCCAUACCUACUGACAUCAACUGGAAAACAGUCUAAUAUCCAAGUUUAUGCAGUCUCUCUGACAGAUUAUGUUUUUGUAAUCGUGCUGUGAGGAGCCGACGAGUCCCUGUGGUUAUUUCCGGAACACCUUCCAGUGAUAGCUGACCAGAGCCAAGAUGGCAGGAGUUAUAGCCAAGCGAGAGGGACCACAGUUCAUCAGUGAAGUAGCUGUAAGGGGAAACGCCGCAGUGCUGGACUACUGCCGCACCUCUGUAUCCGCUUUGUCCGGUGCAACAGCUGGAAUUCUUGGGCUGACUGGACUGUAUGGCUUCAUUUUUUAUUUCCUCGCCUCUUUUCUCCUCUCCCUACUGCUCAUUCUCAAGGCCGGACGGCGGUGGAACAAAUGCUUUAAAUCGAGGCGGCUGCUCUUCACAGGGGGCCUCGUUGGAGGUCUUUUCACUUACGUCCUGUUCUGGACUUUCCUCUACGGAAUGGUGCAUGUGUACUAAAAAAAUGUCCACCACAGAUAACCCUGAAUUAACCCUAUCUAAUGCUAUGUAAACCAACAAUAUUGUCUGCCCUGCUGUUUGUAGAUAAGCCAUUAGUAAAAAAAAAAAAAAAAAACAACAACUGUUGAUUAACCAGAGGAUGUGUCAAUAAUUAUAGUAUGAAUAAACUGUUACACAUGUAGCGGUAACUAUGAACUAAUUUAACCUGUAACUCUCACUCAGUGCUCAGUUACCUCCCUACCAGGAUAAGAGCCACAGUUAUGAUAAUGUAGGUUGUAGUGUAACAUAGAUCAAAACAGAGUUUAUCCAUAGAAGAUGUAUGCACUUUGCAUUAUGUUUCAUGUACAAUACUCGCACAGAUAAAUUGAGAAAUCUGAUUACUGUUUAAAAUAAACACAUCUGUACAA